AUGUCGUUGCCCAAACGAAUCAUCAAGGAGACCGAACGUCUCAUCGCCGAUCCCGCUCCAGGCAUCAGCGCAACCCCGCACGAGGACAACCUCCGAUACUUUGACGUCGUCAUCUCUGGUCCCACACAGAGCCCCUUCGAAGGCGGCGUCUUCCGUCUCGAGCUCUUCCUGCCCGAGGAAUACCCCAUGUCCGCGCCAAAGGUGCGCUUCCUUACCAAGAUUUACCACCCCAACAUCGACAAGCUCGGCCGCAUCUGUCUCGACAUCCUCAAAGACAAGUGGUCCCCAGCGCUCCAGAUCCGCACCGUCCUCCUCUCCGUCCAAGCACUGCUCUCCGCACCAAACCCGGACGACCCGCUCGCGAACGACGUCGCCGAACACUACAAGAAGGACGAAAAGGGAGCCAUCGAGGUCAGCAGACAGUGGACAGCCUUGUACGCAAAGUGA